ACUGAAUUGACCUUCGGGAAACAAUUAUCCUGAGUAGACAUGCUUAAAACGCGAACAUCUCCGAGGCACCUCGAAAAACCAUUGCCAACCAGUCGCCACUGUCCACCUCGCGCAAUAUUUGCUGUUUAAACUUUAAAAUCGCUCAAUCAUUCUGCAAUCUUCUUCUUCACGAGAAAUGGCAGCUCUGAAUCUCUCUCCUUUGUUCAAAACCCUAAACCCCCGAUUCUCGCCCUCCCAGAACCCUCCUAAAGCCCCAACAUUGCUUUCCCUUUCGAACACUCUUCUUCCCUCUACCCUCCAGUCACCCAUCCCCUGCACCCUCAAAUCUCAAACCCCAUCGAAAUUCCAUCCGCUGAGAGCCACCGGAAACAGGGACUACUCGGCUAGGAGAAACGACAAUGAAGAAAGUGAGAGUAUUAUGCUUCCUGGAUGUGACUACAACCACUGGCUUAUUGUGAUGGAGUUCCCCAAAGACCCUGCCCCUUCCCGAGAGCAGAUGAUUGAUAGUUACCUCAAUACCCUUGCCACUGUUCUUGGAAGUAUGGAAGAAGCAAAGAAGAACAUGUAUGCCUUCAGCACAACUACUUAUACAGGAUUCCAAUGCACUGUGUCUGAAGAAACAUCAGAGAAGUUCAAGGGAUUGCCUGGAGUGUUGUGGGUUUUACCUGAUUCUUACAUAGAUGUCAAAAACAAGGACUAUGGAGGGGAUAAGUACGUCAAUGGAGAGAUAAUUCCUUGCCAGUACCCUACAUACCAAUCAAAGCAGUCCAAUCGCUCAAAGAACAAGAGUAAAGCAUAUGUGAGAAGAAGAGACGGCCCUCCUCCAAGGCAGACACAGGAAGCCACUUCCCCUGACUCUUCCUCGUAGAAACGUGGUUGAGUGGUCUCUCAUUCUCUAGUGUCUAGUUUGGUCAGAGGUUUAUUUAGAUAAGAGGUGCAUGGCGUUUUUAGAAAAUGUCAAGUAGGUUAGUUGUUUACAAAGAUGUAUUAGUGGUUGGAAUUCUAAUGUAUUAAUGUUAUCCAAUCUUCUAUGAACACCAGCUUGCUACUUUCACAGUGAAAUUGGAAAGUAAAAUGCUGUUUAUGUGUCCAAGUGAGAGAGUCCUUUUAUUGAUUAAGAAACACUAUGAUAGCUAUUAACAUGAACAGAGAUUAUCAACAAUAC